AUGCUGCAACGGGGACGCCCCCUCCGCCUCAAAAUGGGAUUCGACCCCAGCCGCCCGGACAUUCACCUCGGCCACGUGGUGGGGCUGCGCAAGUUGCGGCAGCUGCAGGACCUGGGCCAUCAGGUAAUCCUCAUCGUCGGCGACUGGACGGCUCAGAUUGGCGACCCCUCGGGCCGAUCCGCCACCCGCUCGAUGCUCAGCCAUGCCGAGGUGCUGGACAACGCCGAAUCGUAUAUGCGUCAGUUCUUCAAGGUGGUAGACCGCGACCGCACCCAGGUGGAAUGGCAGAGCCAAUGGUUCGGGGACUUCACCCUGGCCAACGUCAUUGAGCUAACCAGCCGCUUCACCGUGGCCCAGUUCCUCGAACGCGACGACUUCGCCCGCCGGUUCGCCGACCACCAACCCAUCGCCAUCACCGAGCUGCUCUACCCGCUGCUGCAAGCCUACGACUCGGUGGCCAUUGAAGCCGACGUGGAAUUUGGCGGCACCGACCAGAUGUUCAACCUGCUGGUGGGCCGCGAGUUGCAGGAGAUGAUGGGUCAAACGCCGCAGCAGUGCUUCCUCAUGCCCAUCCUGGUGGGCACCGAUGGCGUCCAGAAGAUGAGCAAGAGCCUGGGCAACUACAUUGCGCUGGAAGAAUCGCCGCAGGAGAUGUACGGCAAGGUGAUGUCGCUGCCCGACAGCCUGAUACUCCAGUAUUACGAGUACCUGACCGACGUGCCCAACGCCGACCUCGCCGCCAUGGGCCAGGCGAUGGAGUCAGAUUCCGCCAACCCGAUGGAUUUCAAGAAGGGGCUGGCCCGUUCCAUAACCGCCACCUUCCACGACACCGCUGCCGCCAGCGGCGCCGAGACCCAGUUCGAGCAGGUGGUGCAGCGCCGCGACGUGCCCGAUGAUAUUCCCGAGUGUCGGCUGGCCGACGUUGCCGAACUGAGCAUCAACCAGCUAUUGGUGCGAACGGAACUGGUCGCCAGCGCCAGCGAGGCUCGCCGCCUGGUGGGCCAGGGCGCCGUGGAAAUCAUCCACAGCAGCGGCGACCGGGCAACCGUGGCAGCCGGAGCGCCACUACCAGCGCUGGCAGCCGGCGACGUGAUCCGCGCCGGUCGCCGCCGGUUCGUGCGGCUGGUGCAGUAG